AUGCCGCCACGCAAAGUACGUGCAGGUGCUGUGAGUGAUAAUCAGUCCAGCUCGGAAGAUGAAGCCGCAAGACCUUCGCCAGUACUUAUGUCUGGGGACCAGUUGACCUCAUUCCUUGCCGCCUUCGCAAAAACUCAGGCGGAAGUGAAUCGGCAACUCGUCGAAUCCCUCAUGACAUCGUACGCGAGAGGUAGCUCAGGUGCACCCCCUGAAGUUUCCGACGCUGCGAUAGCAUCCUCACCGACACCCACGUCUUUAACCAGUAAGUCCGGCAACAUGGCUAAGUGUACGUCGCGCUUCGAUGGUCAGAGCCGUGACCCUGAAGUUAUAGAAGCAUUCAUCGACUCAGUGGAGAUUUUUAAAGAGUGUGCGUCGAUCAGUGAUGAUCUUGCAUUGCGAGGACUGCCUAUGCUGCUGCACGGUGAAGCUGCAGUAUGGUGGCGAGGGGUCCGGACCGAAGUGUCUUCGUGGCCCGAAGCCGUCAAGAGACUACGAUGUAUGUAUGGUAUUCCACGUCCAGCCUACAAGAUUUUCCGUAACAUAUUCGCUGUCGAGCAAAACGAAGAGCUCGCGGAUUCGUUUAUUAUUAAAAUAAGGGCUAUGAUGUCGACAUUACCAUACGUAUUACCCGAACAAGUGAAAUGCGGUGUCCAGUAUUGA